GGGAACGACGGGGAUGAGGAUUUUAAUCUGAGCCAGACACCGUCGCACAGCCAGGUGCAGAGGAACCUGCAGAGGCGAUCCCAGGAUCAGGUGAAUCAGAAGGUGAGCGAGCUGGUGCAGUUCCUGCUUGUGAAAGACCAGAAAAAGAUCCCCAUCAAGAGAGCAGAGAUCCUGAAGAAAGUUAUCCGGGAAUACAGAGAUGUUUACUCGGAGAUUAUCAACCGGGCGGGCAGGACCCUGCAACAGGUGUUUGGGUUGCAGGUGGUGGAGAUCGACACCAAACACCACAUCUACAUUCUCACCAGCAACCUGCCCCGUGUCGAGGGGGAAAACCUGCGCCG